AUGUCAUCGUUCGUCUCGUGGCUGCGCUCGCCUGCUGCGCGCGAGUACUUCUUUUCCACACACUUUUGGGGUCCGGUGGCCAACUGGGGCUUGCCGCUUGCGGCCAUCGCGGAUCUGAAGAAAGAUGAGACGCUGAUCUCGUCCACCAUGACGCCAACGCUGUUCCUCUACUCGUGUGUGUUUAUGCGUUUUGCCAUGCGUGUGCAGCCGCGCAAUAUGCUGUUGUUUGCAUGCCACCUGACUAAUGCCACUGCCCAGGGCGUGCAGGGCCUGCGCCUCUUGGUGCGUAGUAACAACUGA